UGAUGGCGAUGGUGAGGUGGAUAAGAAGCAGAAGACGACCCACUCAGCAGAUAACAAUAAAACCGUCUUUUUAACAUAACACAGUGGGAACCAACCAACGACCCAAAACACAAAACAAAACACACACUCUCACUCUUCUUCUUCUUCAUUCGAUCGCGUUCUCACUCCUUUUCUCAAAUCGCAUGAAACAAUGGAGAAUAAUUCUUCUGAGACACUUGGUUCAAAAGGGUUAAUCAACAAACACGAAUUCAUUCGUAUCAUACUCCAGUCUUUAUAUUCAUUAGGUUACACAAAAACCGCUUCUUUAUUAGAAUCUGAAUCUGGGGUUUCUUACAAGUCCAAUGAAUUUCAAUUACUUGAAUCUCAUGUUCUCAAUGGAAAUUGGGAAGCUUGUGUUACUUUUCUCAAUUCCAUCACUGAAAUUCUCGGUGAAUCAGUAGAAUCUGCUUUGUUUCUUGUUUUUAGACAGACUGUUAUGGAGUAUUUGAAACGUGGUGAGGAUGGUUUAGCUUUGGAUGUGUUGAGGAAACGCGUUUCUGCGUUGCGUGUGGAUCGGUUUAAGGUUCAUAGUUUGGCUAAUAGUGUGGUGAAUUUGAAUGAUGAAGUUGUGGAGGGUGAUUUGAGGGGGAAGUUGUUGAUGGAUUUGGAGAAAUUGUUGCCUCCGCCGAUUUCUAUACCGGAUGGGAGAUUGGAGCAUUUGGUUGAAACUACUGUUACUGCUUGGGUUGAUUCGUGCUUGUAUCAUAGUUCGUUGAAUCCUGUUUCGCUUUAUGAGGAUCAUUCUUGUGGUAGAGAUCAUUUUCCUACUACAACCACUCAGAUAUUGACUGGACAUAAAAAUGAAGUUUGGUUCGUUCAGUUUUCUAAUAGUGGAGACUAUCUAGCUUCUUCUUCCAAUGAUUGUACAGCUAUCAUAUGGAAGGUGCAAGAAGAUGGGAAAUUGACAUUGAAACACACACUCAGCGGGCAUCAACGUGCUGUAUCUUUUGUGGCAUGGAGUCCUGAUGACACCAAGUUGCUCACUUGUGGGAACAUUGAAGUUUUGAAGCUGUGGGAUGUUGAAACUGGCACAUGCAAGCAUACAUUUGGGAAUGACGGCUUUGUUGUCAGCUCAUGUGCCUGGUUUCCCAACUCAACGCAAUUUGUGUGCGGCAGUUUUGACCCUGAAAAGGGCAUCUGCAUGUGGGAUUGUGAUGGAAAUGAGCUAAGAGCAUGGAGAGGAAUGAGGAUGCCCAAAGUUGUAGAUCUUACUGUUACUCCAGAUGGAGAGUAUCUAAUCAGCAUAUUCUUGGAUAAAGAAAUUCGGAUUUUACAUUUAGCAACCAAUGCGGAACGGGUCAUUUCAGAGGAGCACCCUAUCACAUCCAUUUCGGUUUCUGCUGAUGGUAAAUUCUUCAUUGUCAAUCUGAACAGCCAGGAGAUCCAUAUGUGGGACGUAGCAGGUACAUGGAAGAAUCCGCUGAGGUAUACAGGUCACAAGCAGUGCAAAUAUGUGAUUAGGUCCUGUUUUGGUGGAUCGGAUAGUACAUUUAUUGCCAGUGGAAGUGAAAAUUCAGAGGUAUACAUCUGGAAUUCUCGGAGUUCAAAGCCAAUAGAGGUUUUAUCUGGGCACUCCCUGACUGUAAAUUGUGUGAGUUGGAAUCCUAAAAGGCCACAAAUGUUAGCAUCUGCAAGUGAUGAUCAUACAAUUCGUAUAUGGGGACCCAGCUUAUAGAAAAGAAUGCAACUUGAAUAGAUCAGUUGAACACAGUGCAUAUUAGGUUAUGACUGUAUAUAAACCCUACAUUAUUUUGCCCCACCUCGAGUUGUUCAGUAUGAGUUUGUAAAGUCCUGAUUUGUCCAUGCAGGAAUUUUGGCGUACAUUUUUAUCUGUAAAUCAUCUUGCCCUUUAGUUGGUGCAGAAACUAGAAACUGAUGGAUUUAAUUUAGGGUUUAUACUUAUUCACAUUUUAUAAUUAUAUUUAUCAUGAUUAUGAUUUUUUGU